CACAGGAAGAUCACACCAUCCCUCACCAUCAUCAGCCUGAAAAGCCAGAAAACAUAAAAGAGGAAGAAGAAGAGAGGUUGGAGAGUGGAGAUCAGCAGUCUAUGGAGGAGGGGGAGAUGAUUAUGAAAAUUAAACAGGAGGAAUCUUCUCUACAUAUGGACACAAAUGAACAGAACCGGAGCCGGAAGCGGAACUGGAGCCGGAAUACCUCGGAGGGACGUUUUGUUUUAUCUCCAGAUUAUACUACAGAAGAUAAUGGCGUCACUCAAUGUUCUCCAGAAGCAAAUCUCGUUACUCACAAUAUACGUCAAAGAUCUUACAAUUCGGAGAAAUCCUUGAACCCCUCUGAGGAAUCUUCCCAUAAAUCCCAUUCUGUGACUCCAGAAAUCCAUCUAAAAUCUCAGAGCUCAACAGAUCCAUCUAAUCCCCAGGAAUCUUCUUUAGGGCAUGGAGGAGUUCCCAUAGCAGAACAUUCAUUGUGCGGGAAACCUUUCACUGAAAACAGAGACCUUCUUACACACCAGAGAAGUCACACAGCAGAGCGCCCGUUCUCAUGCUCACAGUGCGGAAAAAGUUUCACUUUGAAAGGAAACCUUGUUAGACACCAAAGACUUCAUACAGGCGAGCGCCCUUUCUCAUGUUCAGAGUGCGGGAAAUGUUUCAUUGAGAAAAGAUGCCUUCUUAGGCACGAGAGAAGCCACACGGGAGAGCGCCCCUAUUCGUGUUCAAUGUGCGGGAAGCGCUUUGCCGAUAAAGGAAACCUUCUUUUGCACCAGAGGAGUCACACAGGUGAGCGUCCUUAUUCGUGUUCAGAGUGCAAGAAAUGCUUCACCGAUAAAGUAAAACUCCUUCUUCACCAGAGAAUUCACACGGGGGAGCGUCCUUUUUCGUGUUCAGAGUGCGGGAAAUGUUUUAGUCAAAAGGGAAACCUUGUUAAACACCAGAGGAGUCACACGGGUGUUCGUCCUUUCUCAUGUUUAGAGUGCGGUUUCUCUUUCACUGCGAAAGGAGACCUCGUCAAUCACCAGAAAAGCCACACGGGUGAACGCCCUUUCGCAUGUUCAGUGUGCGGGAAAUGUUUCAUUUUGAAAAAGACACUUCUUACACACCAGAGAAGUCACACGGGCGAGCGUCCCUAUUCGUGUUCCGAGUGCGGGAAAUGUUUCAUACACAAAGGAAGCCUUGUUAAGCACCGGAAAACUCACACAGGCGAGCGCCCUUAUUCAUGUUCGGAGUGCGGAAAAUGUUUCAUUCACAAAGUAGGCCUCGUUACGCACCAGAGAAUUCAUACGGGCGAGCGUCCUUUUUCAUGUUCACUGUGUGGGAAAUGUUUCACAGAGAAAGCAAAACUUCUAAUACACCACAGAAGUCACACGGGCGAGCGUCCUUUUCCUUGCUCGUUGUGCGGGAAAUGUUUUAUUGAAAAAAGACAACUUGUUCAGCACCAGAAAAUUCACCAAUCUCGAACACUCAGCUGCUAAUGCUGUUGUUAUAUUUCACAGAUGGAACGGUUUACUCCAUAGAAAUAACAUAUCAAAUCAAGUCAUUUACGAAGGAGUAUAUGGGAAAGGGUAAACGGCAAAAGUGACCCUUCCGUUAUCACUGGGGUCUCUUGGGUUGAGUCUGUUUUGGAGAGGCCAACAGGGUAAGAUUUGGUUUCUACGGUUCCUUGCUCCUGAUCCUCCUAUUUGGGUUCUUCAUCAAUAUUAAAUAAAGAUCCAGUGAGGAUGAUCCCUCUCCUAAUGGGCCAAGUGGAUAUGUAGACCCAGGAAGUCAAGAGAUCCAAGUAUACAAGGGAAUGAUCGGAACCCUAGGAGCUUCAGAUUCAACAGGGGAGGGGGGUGGAUAGGCGUAUUAGCAUGAUGAAGAUAUUAAAUGUUUCUAUGGUUGACUCCAUAGAAAUAAUAUAUCAAAACAAGUCAUUUACGAAGGAGUACAUGGGAAAGGGUAAACCGCAAAAGUGGCCUUUCCGUUAUCACUGGGGGCUCUCGGCUUGAGUCUCUUUUUGGAGGAGCCAACGGGGUAAGAUUUGGUUUCUACGGUUCUUGGCUCCCGAUCCUCUUUUUUGGGUUCUUCAUAAUGUUAAAUAAAGAUCCAGCAAGGAUGAUCCCUCUCGUAAUGGGCCAAGUGGAUACGAAGACCCAAUAAGUCAAGAGAUCUAAGUAUACCAGGGAAUGAUCGGAACCCUACGUGCUUCAGAUUCAACGGGGGAGGGAGGUGGAUAGGCCUAUUAGCAUGAUGAAGAUAUUAAAUGUUUCUAUGGUUUACUCCUUAGAAAUAAUAUAUCAAAACACGUAAUUUACGAAGGAGUACAUGGAAAAGGCUAAACGGCAAAAAUGGCCUUUCCGUUAUCACUGAGGUCUCUCGGCUUGAGUGUCUUUUUGGAGACGCCAAUAGGGUAAGAUUUGGUUUCUACUAUUCCUGGCUCCCAAUUCUCCAAUUUGGGUUCUUCAUCAAUGUUAAAUAAAGAUCCAGCAAGGAUGAUCCCUCUCGUAAUGGGCCAGGUGUAUACGCAGACCCAUGAAGUCAAGAGAUCUAAGUAUACCAGGGAAUGAUCAGAACCCUAGGAGCUUCAGAUUCAGAAGGGGAGGGAGGUGGAUAGGCGUAUUAGCAUGAUGAAGAUAUUAAAUGUUUCUAUGGUUGACUCCAUAAAAAUAAUUUAUCAAAACAAGUCAUUUACAAAGGAGUACAUGGGAAAGGGUAAACCGCAAAAGUGGCCUUUCCAUUAUCACUGGUGGCUCUCGGCUUGAGUCUCUUUUUGGAGGAGCAACGGGGUAAGAUUUGGUUUCUAUGGUUCUUGGCUCCUGGUCUUCUUUUUACAGUUCUUCAUUAAUGUAAAGUAAAGAUCCAGCAAGGAUGAUCCCUCUCGUAAUGGGCCAAGUGGAUACGUAGAACCAGGAAGUCAAGAGAUCUAAGUAUAGCAGGGAAUGAUCGGAACCCUAAAAGCUUCAGAUUCAAUGGGGGAGGGAGGUGGAUAGGUGUAUUAAUUAGCAUGAUGACAAUAUUAAAUGUUUCUAUGGUUGACUCCAUAGAAAUAAUAUAUCAAAACAAGUAAUUUACGAAGGAGUACAUGAGAAAGGGUAAAUGGCAAAAGUGUCCUUUUCGUUAUCAUUGGGGUCUCUUGGUUUGAGUCUUUUUUUGGAGAUGUCAACGGGGUAAGAUUUGGUUUCUACGGUUCCUGGCUCCUGGGCCUUUUUUUUGGGGUUCUUCAUAAACGUCAAAAGUGGCACUGGAGUCUCUUGGCUUGACUCUCUUUUUGGAGACGCCAACAGGGUAAGAUUUGGUUUCUAUGGUUCCUGAUCCUCUUUUUUGGGGUUUUUCAUAACGUUAAAUAAAGAUGGAGCUUGGAUGAUCCCUCUCGUAAUGGGCCAAGUGGAUACGUAGACCCAGGUCAUUUACGAAGGAGUACAUGGGCAUUUCCGUUAUCACUGGUUAAACUCUUGGUUUAAGGUUCUUUUUGGAGAUGCCAAUUGGGUAAGAUUUGGUUUCUACAGUUCCUGGCUCCCAAUCCUCAUUUUUUUGGGGUUCUUCAUGAUUGUUAAUUAAAGAUCCAGCAAGGAAGAUCCCUCUCGUAAUGGGCCAAGUGGAUAUGUAGACCCAGGAAGUCAAGAGAUCUA